AAUAAAUAAAAUAAAAUCUUAGGUUCAAUUUUGAAAUAAUAAUAAUAGAUCGACCUCCACCCAAGAACCAAUAACAUCAUCUCCGUGGAGUGAGGAACAAUCCACCCCACUUGCUCCAUUCAACGCUCGAUGGGAGCUUUUCCGUCGUCUUCUUCUCCGUUCCCACCGCUUCUUGAAGACGAAGAACAACCGCCCUCCUCCACCACCGCCGCCGCCUCUAAGUCUAAGACCUCCAAGAAACUAGCUUUAAUCCCUCUUGUUUUCCUAAUAUACUUUGAAGUAGCCGGCGGCCCUUAUGGCGAAGAAGCUGCUGUGGGUGCAGCAGGCCCUCUAUUUGCUAUCCUUGGAUUCCUCAUUUUCCCAUUCAUUUGGAGCAUCCCGGAGGCGCUUGUCACGGCGGAGCUCGCCACCACUUUCCCCGGCAACGGCGGCUUUGUUAUAUGGGCGCAUAAGGCUUUUGGGCCCUUCUGGGGUUCGAUGAUGGGGUGUUGGAAACUGCUCAGUGGUGUGAUAAACUUGGCUUCAUAUCCAGUUCUUUGUACAGAUUACCUCAAGCUUGUUUUUCCUGCCUUCUCUUCUGGUUUCCCGAGGUAUCUUGCAAUCUUGUUUUCCACUCUGUUUCUAUCUUUUCUGAAUUACACAGGUUUAACUGUAGUUGGGUACACUGCUGUGUGUUUGGGGGUUUUGUCACUCUCUCCAUUUUUAGUACUUUCAUUAGUUUCAAUCCCUAAGAUUGAUGCCAGUAGGUGGAUGAGUUUAGGCCAAAAGGGGGUUCAGAAAGAUUGGAGAUUGUUCUUCAAUACUCUGUUUUGGAACUUGAAUUUUUGGGACAAUGCAAGUACUUUAGCCGGUGAAGUAGAACAACCUCAAAAAACAUAUCCAAGAGCAUUGUUUUCUGCUGGGAUUCUCACAUGUUUGGGUUACUUAAUCCCCCUUUUGGCUGCCACCGGGGCUACCCCUCUUGAUCAGGAAAAAUGGGUUGAUGGCUAUUUUGCUGAUUUAGCUCUAAUGAUUGCUGGAAAUUGGUUGAAAAUCUGGAUUGAAAUUGGUGCUGUUCUAUCAGUUAUUGGGUUGUAUGAGGCUCAGCUGAGCAGUUGUGCUUAUCAGAUUCUUGGCAUGGCCGAUAUUGGAGUCGUCCCACGACUAUUUGGGGUGCGAUCUAAGUGGUUUAACACCCCUUGGGUGGGGAUAUUGGUGUCGACUUUGGUGGCCAUGGCUGUUUCUUACCUCAACUUUGCAGACAUUAUAUCAUCAGUGAACUUCUCAUACAGCUUGGGUAUGUUGCUGGAGUUCGCCUCGUUUCUGUGGUUGAGAAGGAAAUUUGCAGAGGCGAAUAGGCCAUAUAAAGUGCCGUUGCCGUUUGCAGGGCUGGUGGUUAUGUGCUUGGUUCCCUCUGUAUUCUUGGUUUAUGUGAUGGUUGUUGCUAACAAGACUGUGUAUUUGGUGAAUGCUGUGCUGACGCUUGUCGGCGUAGUUUGGUACUUGUUGAUGAACCUUUGCAGAUCAAGAACGUGGAUCGAAUUCGAGAGUUCUGGUCUGAAGGAGGAUCAGACCUUACUAUCUUAAUCAGGGGAUGUUGUGAUUAUUCCUCAAGUGGUUGCUGCUCUCGUCCUCGUCCUUGUUCACCUUUCCGGCCAAAAAUGAAAAAAAGAACGAAUCGAUCUUGUGGGAUUCCCAAGGAAUUCUUCGAUUUCUUUUCCCUUAGGUACAGUUCUUGGACGGACAUUCUUUUAAUCGAAUGGCAAUGAAUUGAAGCAGAUCCUGGAAUGGAGUUAGUUGAAAUUAUGACGAAAGAACUAAUGAUAGUAUUUUGCUGUUUAAGUUUCUUUUGAGUUGAUCUUACGGAGCAUAAGGUCCUCUUUAGGUCUAAACUACAACAAGUGUAUUUGCUCUGGUGAAGUUUGGAUUGAAGAAUAGUCCAUUUCUUC